GCUUAAUCGGUCUCCAUAUCGGCCCAGCAACAAGAAACGUUGAUAUUCAGGUUAUAUAAAGACACAUUCGGGCACUGCAGUCAGAUUCGUCCACAUCCCCGAGCUUCAGCAGACAAUUUCAAGCAAACCUAAGAUGCUGUCGCUUACUUACCCUAUUGCUCUCGCAUCUCUUGCAGCCUCCGCGCUCGCAGACAUUCACAAUGUUAAUCUUCCUUCAAACUUCUUCGAUACUCCCCAGAGUGGUAUUGGAUCAUGGUAUCGUGCUUCGGCCGGCCAAGACUCGACCAACGGCAAGAGUUGGUGUGCGUACACGUACUACAACAGUGAUCCGAUUUUUGCUGUGUCCCUGAAAGCGAUGGGUGGCAAGACUUACAACUCCGACCCAGCCGGUUGGAAGGCAGCGACACAAAAGUACUGUGGUCUUGAGGCGACUGUUAAGGAUCCUAAGACUGGAAAGCAAAUGCUGAUGUACAUUGGCGACGCGUUUGAUGAUCGAUAUGUCCAUUCGACAGGCUCUAUCGACAUUAUGAUCGAUGCCUUCUCAAACAUCCACGGGAACCCCAACGGUAACAAGAAUGAGGUUAUCAAGGGCGUAGAGUGGCAACUUACAGGUCGUGUCAACACGAAAUAUGCUGCGGCUGGCGCCGUAUGGCCGACAAAGGCUGGUGCAGCACCAACGACUGCUGCACCGAAACCAUCCAGCUCUACACCUAAUGGUGGUGAAGGCGCGAAGUGCAGUAACGCGACGAAUUGUAAAUCUGGCAUGACAUGCUUGGCACCUGAUGGUGUUUGUAGCACGGCCGCUUGCAAUUGGGGAUGUACCGGAUGGACUUGCAGUGCUGCAUCACCCUGCCAGAAACCGAACACAUGUGUUCAAAGCGUCUGCAUGGCAACUUAAAUAAUGCUUACAACAUAACAAAUGAUAGAUAAGUUAACAUAAAGUAUUGUUAAAGUUUUACUUUAAGCAGAGCCUAUGGCCCC